AUGAGUCAUUCGCUGUCACCCACGAACCGCAGUUCGAUAUUUGGGUGGGUGAAGAACUUAAAGAAGGGUAAUUUAACGUCAAAUGAAAGUGUCGACGACGUAUUAUCAGACAACGAGAACAGCAAUCCAUCGCCUACGAAAUCAACGAAUUUAUACCCCCUUACGCUGCCACACUCACAUUCAAACCCUCAUCAAGAGUUUCUCAGACCUUUGUUACACCAUAAGUCGAGAUCCACAAAUAAUGUAAGCAGGCAGCGAUCGAAUUCUUUCAAUCAGUCAGAUAAAAGCUCUAGUAUAAGACAGCAUAGGGAUUCUUUCUUUCAGAGUAAUGCCGUCGUUGACGAAAACAGCAAAUAUUUUGGUCUUCCGUUGGAAGAUGCUAUCCAUCAAGCGUCAGCCAAAAUAUCAAUUUUAAAUAAUGAUAAAGGGAACCAUGUUCUUCAAUACGGUGAAAUUCCUAUAGUGGUUGCUAAAUGCGGCCUCUAUUUAAAAGCACAUGGUCUUAAGGUAGAAGGUAUCUUUAGAGUAGGGGGUUCAUCGAAGAGACUUAAAGAGCUUCAAAUAAUUUUCAACUCACCCCCGGAUUUCGGUAAAAAAUUGAAUUGGGAUGGAUAUACUGUUCACGAUGCAGCGUCGAUAUUAAGACGCUACUUGAAUUCAUUACCGGAGCCUUUAAUACCAUUGGACAUGUAUGAAGAAUUCAGGGAUGCAUUAAGAAAGAGACCAAGAAUAAUAAAUUACAUGAAAUACAAGGCAGAGAACCCAAACAAAAGUAUACCUACUUCAAUAAAAGGGCCAUCAAAUGCUUCUUCUGACCAAGAGGUUACAGCGUUAAGUCAUCCUGAUUCACUGAAUGAAUUACUAGAUACACUGGAAGCGCAACCGCUAACAGAGGCAAAUAUGGGACGUUGGAAUACCUCUGCUUCCUCAAACUCACCUCGUAGUGAUCCUCAGCAGGCCAAGAAUGGUGAUUCACAACAAGAAGAGUCACUCAUAUGUGCGGAUUCUACCAAAGCCGAUAAGAACAAAAAAUCUGUAAGAAAAGCAAAAAAUUAUAAAAAGUUAACCCGAGACGUUUAUGAUGCUAUAAAUGAAUAUAAGGAAAUGGUAGAUAAUGACUUACCAAUUCUUUCAAAGCAAUUAUUAUUUUAUAUUUUGGAUUUGCUAGCCAUGGUUCAAAAUAAUUCUGCCGAAAAUUUAAUGUCAUCUAGAAAUUUGGCAGCUAUUUUUCAGCCUUCAAUUUUGUCUCAUCCAGAUCAUGAUAUGGAUCCAAUAGAAUAUGCAUUAUCUCAAUCCGUCGUCGAAUUCUUGAUACGAUACGCUUACAAGUUACUCCCAAACCAAAAUCCACAAAACAUGCCACCAGAGCUGUUAGAAAGCAAAAUGCAGCCGCAAACAAGUGAAGAAACGACAAAUCAAAGCACCACUACGUCGACGAGUACUACUCCGCUUGAGGUAGGCUCAAGUGAAAUUUUGAACAAACCAAAACUUCCUCCAUUCAAAAGACAUCACAGUAAGUCAUUAUCCUCGUCCAACAAUCAUGAUGAUUUGAUUGGCUAUCAACGCAAUUCUGGAACUAAGAAAAUAUUAAUGCUUGAUUCCGAUAAUGACUUUGAAAUAACAGAUGACGAUAAUGAGGUUGAUAAUCUUGACUUGGACAGUGCCAAUAUUGACAAAUUGACUCUAGGAGAUCAGGAUACACCCAAUGGUAAAAAUUCAGAUGGAUCUGAAUCCAAACCGAGUGAUAUUUCAAUCCCAGCCGUGGAAGUUAAUCCUAAUGUAGCCAUCGUGGUGUCCAAGCCUACAUCUGAUGCAAAAGAAAUGUAA